ACUGGGCAGGUUCGUGAUCAUAAAACAUUUUUCUUCCAAAAAAACGAAGCAUAAAUAUGGUAACCGUGGAGACCAUAAAUUCUCAGAACAAGUCAGAAAAGCAAAAAACACAAAAUGGCUUCAAGAAACCUGCCGGCGAAGAUGACCCGUCUACGUCAAGGGCUAGUUUAGAGCUUAAAGCCCAGCUCCCAUGGGUGGUGCCGUUCGAUCCGCGAUUUCCGCACACAAACCAAACAAGAAACUGUUACCAGAACUAUGUCGACUAUCAUCGCUGCGUUAAGGCUAAGAACCUACGCGGCGAACCAGUACAGUCCUGUGAGUACUUUAAAAAAGCAUAUAAAAGUCUUUGCCCAAAAAUGUGGUUUCAAACGUGGGAUACGCAGAUUGCUGAAAAUCGUUUUCCCGGACGAAUUUAAUAGAAUCAACGAAUCGGCGAGUGGGGUAAAUUAUUCACUCGAACGUGAGGAGUGGUCUUAGGAGGUCUUUGAAGCGUGUUGAAGACGGACCGGGCUACAGUAUAAAGAUGAUCGUUCGAGGAGAUCUCUCAGAGAGAGACACGAUUGUUUUACACGAUACAGUCGAAAUCCGAGAAGAAAUACACCUUGUGUGUUCAAUUCAUGGAUUGCAUCUAUUGCUCGCUGGGU